AAAAGUAAGCAAAAAGUUGCACGAAUUUUUCGCGACAGUUUUUCCAGAAAAUUGUUUUAAAUAGAUUGUGAAAUUGAAAGUUAAAAUUUAAGGUUUCAUUGCUCAUCGAUAGUGGUGCUAUUUUGUAACAAUUUUAAGUGUAAUUGAGCCAAAUAGCGUUAGCUUCAGCUCACUUCCAAAACUGUGUGUGUGAUGAGUAAGAAAGUGUCCACGUCCGACUGUCCACCGUCCACUUCCGGUUACAGCAGCAGCUCGUCAUCCAAGCCAACACCGGGCAGUCCGUCGAAGGAUGUGUCCGCGAGUGGCAGUGGCCCGCCCGCUCCGCGGAUUCCUACUCCGUACAAGUGGGUUAGCUUGAACGUCGGCGGGAAGGUCUUCACGACGACCCUGAGCACCCUGCUGAACAAGGAACCGGGCAGUAUGUUGGCUCGGAUGUUUGCCCAGGAGGACGCGAUGUGCCCGAGUGAUAAGGAUGCCGAGGGGGCUUACCUGAUUGACCGUUCGUCGCAGUAUUUCGAGCCGAUUCUGAAUUAUCUACGGCACGGGCAGUUGAUAUUCGACGGGCACCUUAGUCCGGAAGGGAUUCUGGAGGAGGCCAAGUUUUUCGGGAUUGAGGGGCUGAUUCCGCAGCUUGAGGAGUUGGUCCGGCAGCAGCAGCCAGCGGAGGAUCUGCCGUUGACGAGGAGGGACGUGAUUAGUGCGUUGAUCAAGACUUCCCAGAUGACGGAGCUAAGGUUCCAGGGGGUGAACCUGGCGGGGGCUGAUUUGCGCAAGCUGGACCUGCGCCACAUCAACUUCAAGUACGCGUGUCUUACGCGGUGUAAUCUUUCGCUGGCGAACCUUAACUAUUGCUGUCUGGAGCGGGCGGAUUUGAGUUUUGCCAAUUUGGAGGGGGCGCAGCUGCUGUCCGUGAAAGGACUGUGCGCGAACAUGGAGGGCGCCAACCUGCAGGGCUGUAACUUUGAGGACCCGACCGGAGUGCGGAGUAAUCUGGAGGGCGUGAAUUUGAAGGGAGCUUGCUUGGAGAAUAGUAACAUGGCCGGAGUGAAUCUGCGGGUAGCCAACCUUAGGAAUGCCAAUCUGAUGAAUUGCAACCUGAGGGCGGCCGUGCUGGCUGGGGCAGAUUUGGAGCGCUGCAAUCUGUCCGGAAGUGACCUGCAGGAGGCCAACCUGCGCGGAGCCAACUUCAAGGACGCCCAGCUCGAGCUGAUGCUGACUCCGCUGCACAUGUCCCAGGCGAUCCGCUAGGUGGUAAAUAUAUUUCUACUCAAUAUUAUUAAUUAUAUACGAAAAGUCGCAACCUUAAUAUAUAAACUAAAAAAAAAAACAACUAGCACACUUUAUAGGGGAUUUAGCGAGGUUAAGUAACAAAUUGUGCUGCGCGAAAUGGGCACUUUGAAAGUGCAAUGCUCGAGGCAGGUUUGAAAAACACGGCGUGACUGCAAUAAAUUACACUUCAUAUAUUAUAAAAAUAAUACAAAAAGUAUGUACUUUCAUAACUCGAGGUGCCGCGGUCAGACGACGAUAGCUGGCCAACAGGUCGAAGAGAGCGCGUAGGAAUAAUUGCAAGACGAAAAAUUGAUUACUCUAU